AUGGCGGAUGAUGGCGGUCAUUCAAGGACUGAAACAAAAACUAUCAAGAAUGAUGUGUUGAGGGCCAAGAAAAAGGCAUUCUUGACGAGAAAAGAAUGUAUAAAGAAGAAGACGAUGGAAUUAUCAGUUUUGUGUGAUGUCAAAGCUUGCACUGUGAUCAUAGGCCCCGACGGGCAGGUUGAAACGUGGCCUGAGAAUCGUAGCGAUGUGCGUGAGGUGAUCAACUUGUACCGAAAUGGGUCUCUUAAUAACAAGCGGAAGCAGCAAUAUGAUGAUCGGGGUUGUAACAAGAAGCAGGUUUUGGGAGGUGAUAAAGGGGCUAAGAAUAGGGCUUUGAACCCGGAAGAAUUUCUGAAAAAGCUUGAGGCCAAAAUAGAUCAAGUCAACAAACAGAUUCAAUUUGUCAAGUCCAAAGAUCAAGAAAUCGAUUCAGGGUGUUCCUUUGUUAAAUAUGAUACUUCUGAAGAAACUGAUAAACCUGAUUAUUCUUUCUCCUAUCAACUUGGCAACCCAUUGUGUGGCGGCAUUCCUCCUAAUGCAUGGCCUCCAAAAUAUUCACAAGAUCUGGGCUUACAUUCUAAUGUUGACAUGCUUGGGUUUGGAAAUCAGUUGCAUGGCCUCCAAUCAGUUACAUCUUUCUCCACAACGCAAAGUUCGCAUGUGCCGUAUUAUGCUGGUCAUACUCCUUACAGUCAGGCUCCACAAAUACAACAGCUUCCUGAUUUUAGCGGGCAGUUAACAGUCCCUCAACCACAGAUGCAGCAUAAUGCACCAUCAGCCCCACAACAAGGACCUGUGAUGGAAAAUAUACUGCAAAUACCUGCUCAGCCGUUUCAACCUCUUAAUCACGCACUGUCACAAUUUGCUCAGAUGCUGUCACAAGAAAAACAAACUCCACAGGCCAGUAAAACAAACUCCACAAACCAGCUUUCAGUCACCACAACAAACCUUCUCUCUGCUUCAACAGCAGCUGCAAAUGGUGCAGCCAUGGAACUAUAUUGA